CGAUGACUGCCAGCCCAUCUUCAGUUCAUAUAAUUUAGUAUUUGACUCGCCGACAUGCUCGUUGCCCCUCGCUGCCCCGCCCCCUUUUCCAUCUCGCUUAAUUCGCUCCUGCUAUCAUUCGUCAAUGAACAUUUCAAGUUGUUCUCUUUCUUGUACCUUGUGAAUACAUUCGAAUCCCAAAUUUUAAUUCUCAAAUGGAGCAGUAUUUCGUAGCAAAGAUGAAGGCCAACAUAGUAGAACUUUGACUCCAUGUUCAAUCAUACUUUUUGAUCAGCGGAUCGAGUUAUCAAUCAAAUUCCUAUAAUCACUCUGUAUUUCAUCAGCUAGACUAUCGAUCAACAGUUCGCAGAUCGAUGCAAACAUUUCUAUUCCUAUCUACCCACUUCAUCCCCCUUUCUACUCGCGGACUAAAGAUCACUGGGUACUCCUUACAACAGAGACUGAGAAAAGCUCCCGACAACCGCAACUCCGAAUCACAAACCCUUACACCGCAACACACCUCGGCAUCGAGCCUCACUGAAUCUCCAAAUCCUCCCGAACACAGCCACGAUUCCCAUCCCCCUCGCACGGAAAAUACCCACCUGCCAACAAACGAGCUCCUCCCUCCCAUUGGCCACCAUAUCGUACACAGAAAAUCCAAACCUUCCGUAACACAUUCCACCGUACAAACACCUUCCUCUUCCCUUCCUUACCGUCGCUGCUAUUCCAUCCUGGUCUGCUUCCGGAAACAGGUACAAACCCGACAUCACAGAUACCUGGCCUCCACCAAUCUCGUUCCACACCAACGCAGUGUCACACAACACAAUCUGCUGCACGAAAUACACAUCAAUCUAUCGAAAACAGAUGCACCCCACGGCUCAAAAAUCCAGUUUAGGGGCCACCGGUAGAUAUUCCUCCGUGAAGAUAUUUUUAGCUUCCCAUUCACUUGUCGAAGUCAGGUUAUUUGAAUUUGGAAUUAUCCCACAUGUGAGAGGUAGAGGCGCAGUUUUCUUUUUCCCGACGACUAGGCUAGACUGCUGUAGUAAGGAGGGUGGAUGGCGGGCCGCUUGACGGGACGCGAUGGUGGAGGGAGGGGUUGUGAUAAUUUUAGGGGCU